AUGGCGGGGACCGGGCGCUGGGCCCCCCUGUUCCUGUGCCUGCUGCAGGCCGCUCCAGGAAGGCCCCGUCUGGCCCCUCCCCAGAAUGUGACCCUGCUCUCCCAGAACUUCAGCGUGUAUCUGACGUGGCUCCCAGGGCCUGGCAACCCCCAGGAUGUGACCUAUUUUGUGGCUUAUCAAAGCUUUGCCACUCCCAAACGGUGGCGAAGAGUGAAAAACUGUGCAGGAACCCAGGAGCUGGUGUGUUCCAUGAUGUGCCUGAAGAAACAGGACCUGUACAAUAAGUUCAAGGGGCGCGUCCAGGCAACUUCUCCCAGUGCCAGGUCCCCCUGGGUAGAGUCCAAGUACCUGGAUUACCUUUUUGACGUGAACCCAGCCCCGCCUGUCCUGGUGGUGAAUCUGACGGAGGAGAUGGUGAGAGCCACUGCCACGUACCAGCUGCCCCCCUGCGUGCCCCCACCAGAUCUGAACUAUGAGGUGGCCUUCUGGAAGGAAGGGGCCAGAAACAAGACUCUAUUUCCAGUCGCCCCCUACGGCCAGCCAGUCCACAUCCCCCUCCAGCCGGCCACCAGCGAACGCCACUGCCUCAGUGCCAGAACCAUCUACACCCUCAUUGUCUCCAAAUACAGCGAGUUCUCUAAGCCCACCUGCUUCCUCGUGGGGGCCCCAGGACCCAACUGGACAUUGCUGGGGCUGCCACCACUUCUCCCUGGGCUGAUAGCAAUCGUCAUAGGGGUUAUGAUCUGGAAGAGCCUCAUGAAGAACCCCUGGUUUCAGCUGGAAAAGACACCGCAAGCUCUGGACUUUUCUGGACACAGACACCCCAUGGAAGCCUUUCAACCCAGUGAACCAGAGUUCCUGAAUGACUUGGUCCUCUGUCCCCAAAAGGAGCUGGCUGGAAGGGCCAGGGUGACCUCUAGAGUCAGGGCCCCAGCCACUCUGCAAACAGGAUCAGAGAAGGAUGGUGAUGAGAACCAGGAGGAAGAUGAGGAGGACUCAGAGGGCAGUGUCACUCUCCAGCCCUACAUUGAGCCUCCCCCUUUUCUAGGGCAAGGGCAUUGGGUGCCAGGGUGCUCUAAGGUACAAGGGGUAGACUCAGGGAGGCCCUGGGCACCUCUGGUCCAGGGCAAAGGCUCCUCUGCCUGGGACUCUUCAGACCAAAGUUGGGCCAGCACUGCAGACUCCUCCCUCUGGGAUGAGGCCGGGUCCUCUGGCUGUUUGACCAGAAAGGGGCCAGACCGAGAGCCGAGGGAAGACAGGCAUGGGGAGGCCCUGCCACCAUCUGAAUUCUCCAAGGACUCAGGUUACCUGGAAGAGCUCCCAGAAGAUGCCCUCUCCUCCUGGGCCACCUGGGGCUCCUCGUCCCCUGUGCUGGAUCUGGUCCCUGGGGAUCCCCCAGUUUCACUGUGGUCACUGACCCUCAAAUGGGACAGCAGCAGCCCUAAGGAGGAAGAGGAAGAGGAGGAAGAUGAUGAAGGUGGAAGGGAAUCAGAGGUUGAUGACAGCUCUGCAGACACCUUGGAGACUGAGAGCAUUCUGAGGACCAAGGAAAGGAUGCUGGGCCACUAUGUGGCCAGGUGAGCUGUCCCCAGCUUC